AUGACUGAGAAUGUUGUUACGCGUGUUCAAUUGGAUGGUAGUCAGGCAGUUUUUGCCGGCAACCUCAAUUCUACACAUGUAGCGGGCGCGAAAUCAGCUGCAUUUGGGAGAACAGAGAGCGCUCGCAGUGUCCUUUACGUUACUACCAAUGGAGAAAUCUCUGCGCCGGUGAAUGGGUCGAUCGUUGAGGGAGGGAAGGUCGUUGCAAUUGAGCUGUGA